AUGGGUAGAACAUAUAAAAGACAAAGUAAACAUGCUUCUUGGUUACCUGAAACUUUACAUGCUGCCCUACUAGCUAUUAAGUCUGGGAAAAAAAUAAGAGCCGUCAGUAGGACUUUUGAUAUACCAGAAUCAACUCUUCGCCUUAGAUUAAAAAAUAAAAAUAUCGGUGGCCCUAAAUUGGGUAGGAAACCAACUUUUAGCUAUGACGUUGAAUUAGAGUUAGCUGAUCAAAUUUUAAAAAUGGCUAAAUUUUUUUAUGGGUUAACUCCAAUUGAGUUAAGGAGACUGGCAUUUGAGUAUGCAGAAGCAAAUCAUAUUCCGCACAGAUUUAAUAAAAACACAAAACUAGCCGGUCCCGAUUGGCUUCAGCUAUUUAUGAAAAGACAUCCAAAUAUUUCCUUAAGAAAACCAGAGGCUGAUAAAAUAUAUAAUGUUGACGAAACUGGGAUAACAACAGUCCAAAAACCUUCAAAAAUUUUAGGCCCAAAAGGACAAAAACAAGUUGGUUCUUUGAUUAGUUGGGAAAGAGGUAAAAAUGUAACAACAGUAUGCUGUAUGAAUGCUGCUGGAUCAUUUGUCCCACCAAUGUUUAUAUACCCACGGACUCGAAUGAACAUUCUUUUAGAGAAAGGUGGACCAGUUGGAUCUAUUUAUGCAUGUUCCAAAAAUGGUUGGAUUAACAGUGAACUAUUUUUAGAAUGGCUAAAACAUUUUUCUAAAAGUGUUAAACCAACUUCCGAAGAUCCAGUUUUAUUGAUUAUGGAUAACCACUGUAGUCAUAUUUCACUUCAAGCUUAUGAAUUUUGUAAGGCAAAUGGUAUUUGUGUCGUUACAUUGCCUCCACAUACAUCUCAUAAGUUACAGCCCCUUAAUCUUACAUUUUUCGGACCACUAAAAAAUGCAUUUAAUCGCGAAUUUACUGUCGAGUUGAUACUAUGGAAAAAAGGACUUUCAGGAUUCAAAGCUGCUGGAAUAUUCCCAUUUAAUCCUAAUAAGUUUAAUAGUAACGACUUUGCUUCUGCACAAGAAAUGAUAAACAUCAAUAUAAAUAACUCUGUACAAUCUGUCCAAAUUAUCAAUGAAGCUACAAAUAUAUCCCCGUCUAUAGAAUCUACAGAUGAUAAUUUGGAAACAAAAAAUGUUACUCCUCAAGUUAUUAUGCAAGAAAAUGUCGUUUCCAACUUACAAAACCAACCAUCAACAUCUACAAACAUUUAUAGAAAAACUAUUUCUAAAAUUUGUCCAAUUCCUCAACCAAAACCAAAAUCUAAAAAAAAUUAA